UUUUAAGCAGCCCCUACCGCUCGCCUGCGCUAUCGUUGCGGCGCGAGACAGACUGUCUGAGGACGCGCCAUAGCCGUGGAUCACCGCUGUGCACCGCUUCUUGCUCAGCGCUGCGCUUAAUUCAAACUCUGAUCGGCCAACCUCCGCAGCGCAGCAGAAUCAAUUCUCUGCAACGUCCGCAGUAGCAAUGGAAGCCGACCCGCCAGCCGACGAGGUCGACGCGCUCGCGACGCGAAUCGAGGAGAUCGAUGAGCUGGGCGAAGGCAACGACGAAUUCGGCCUCGGUGCCGUCCUGAAGAAAUUGAUUCGAAACGCCGACGUCGAGGGCGUGCGAGCGCACCUCGAAGUCCUCGAGUACAAUGGGCAGGCCGUACACACGUACCACCUGUCGAUGGCGGCGCGGCUGCCUUAUAAAGUUCAUUACGGCGACGCGGCGGUCUGCAGACGCUCGCGCGAGGUGCUGUUGCUGCUUGUUGCGGCCUGCGACGAGCAGACGCUCGGCCAGUGCGUCGUAGACACUAGGGAUUGGAGUCCGAAGCGCGCUCUCGGGCGCCGCGGCCCGAACUGGCCGCCGUUUGAUUUCACCGCAGAGGAUUGGGCUGAUAUGCCAACGACUGCCACGGUGCUCCAUCAGCUCGCGUGGGACGGCGAUGUAGACGCAUUAGCUAUGAUCUUGGCGCUCCCGCAAUGCUCGGCGCGCCUCGUGAACGCCACGGCGGACGAGCAAAUUCAUGCCGAUGGGUCGGGAGAAGCAGCGAGGUAUCAGUUCGUAAGGGGCGACCCGCGUGAGCUCCGCGACGAGAUGGGCCCCGGCUCGACCGCGCUGCACAUGGCCUGUCUCGCCGGUCGCGUAUCCGUAGUUCAAUUGUUAUUGCGAGACGGUCGGGCCGAUCCGAACUAUCCCAACGAAUACCGACAGCCGCCACUGAUCACAUGUGCCGCCGCCACGGGCGAAUGCAUGGGUGGGAAAAUCAACCAUCGCGUCGCAGAGUGCGUCCGAGCGCUGACGCGAGACCCUCGGACGAAAGUAGACGUCUGGUACGACAAAACAGGAGGGCAGUAUAAUGGCGCCGGCGUCCACUGCCACAUCUUAAGCAAACUUGCCAAGUACGGAGCACUCGAACCGGCGUACCACAUACUCGCCGCGCUGCCGAAGCUGGACCCUGACUCUGUGAAACUAUGCGAUUCGGUGCAGAACAAUGUUGUUCGUCAAAUAGGUUCAAUGGUGGGACUCGCUAGCCUGAGCCCGCUCGAGACCUGUCUCGACGGGCCGCCGUUGGGCUUCAGGUCAGACGGUCAUCACCCGAUGCUCUGCUUCUUGAUUGAGGUCUCGAACGCCGGCGGCUUUCGGAUGUGGCGGGCGGAGAAACGUCGUGAUAUGAUGGUGAUCCGCGCCCUCGUCUCCAAAGCGCGCAAGCGGCGCCGCUUUGACGCGGCUGCCUCCCUCACGCAUCGCCUAUUCAACCUCCGCGACGAUGCGUUAUUCCUGCGCGUGCUCGGCUUCUGUUGGUUCCUGAAUCCCGGAGCCCGCGUGCCGUGUGGUCACGACUAUCAGCUCACCCGGCUCCGCAAGGAAGGCAAAACCCCCGAUGAAGCGUUUGAAAUCAUCGCGAAGAUGCCGGCAAAAUAUAAGCCUGGGACGUUUACUCAGGCGAGAAACUCGAAAAUAGCUCGCUAUGUCUAA